AUGGAUGAUUCCGAGGACGAGGAUCCUUCUACUCCCGAGUUCGUGCAGCUGGCGCUUGAAGCAGGGUACUCCAUUGAUGAGCUCAUCGCAGCGGAAGAUGCUCUGAACGCAGGUUUUGCAGGGAGAGGCGGCCGUGGCUAUGGGUCUUUUCCCCAUAAUCGUGGCCGUGGAAGCAACUUCGGUGGAGGUCGUAGCGGCUAUGGUGGCUAUGGUGGUUAUGGCAGCCAGAACAACUAUGGGUACCAAGGUUUUCACGGUGCUAAUCGUGGCUGUCGUCCAUACUAUGGCGGCUAUGGUGGCAAGCGUGGCCGAGGUGCAGGAUAUGGAGGUCAACAAUUCCAACAGCAGGCGACCCCAAACCCAACUCCGAUGGGGGGAGGGAACUACGGCACCGGAGCCCACAUCGCUGACCAGAUGAGGCAUAACUUGGGUGCCCAGCAACAGCACUCCACGGUGCCUGCAACGGGUACCAAGUCUGCCACAGGAGGUGUCCCCAUCGCUGUUACAGCCGAUAACCAUCUUGGCUCAGCAGUGCUCGGCGAUCCCUAG